GGGAGUACAAUGGCAUCCGCAAAGAACACAUCCACAAGCGCUGGGCCAUCUGCCCCCGGGGAGGGACGACCUCUUUAGCAUUCUACUCCUCAGUAUUUCCAUGUAAGGGAAGCACAAUGGUUUUUGGACUUCGUUGUUCUGGCAAACCUUUGUUGGCCCAGCUGUUUUCAUGCGACCCGUUUGCGUUCCAGGCGCUGAGGGAGCGGCCGACGUUAUUCCUGUCGGUACCAUCGUCUCGUGCGGCAAGAUUCUUGGAGGUUUGCUAAAACUGCACACUAACGUCUUCUACGACGAGUGCAGAAUGCCUUUGAGAGGUGUUAAUGGUGUGAUAGUGGCCAUCAAGAGUUUCGCGGGGUACGGCUCGAACAUGACGCUGUGCCCUCACUUCAAAGGGCUUUACGAUGGCUCCAGCAAGCGUCUUCCACCGGCAGUGCAAUACCUCGAUCUCGCGCUGAAGGUGCCGAAAGAAAGUCCGGUUCUUCCGCGAGAAUAUGUUUUUCGGCUUCUGCCAGCCCAUGAGGGGUCGUCCGGCUUGGCUCAAGAAACUCCUGAGACGCCAGUGGGGCAUGGGAGUGCGAUUCACGACGCUGAGGGUCGGGGCAAGGGGCACGCGCGCAGAAUUCACACGCAGGUCGGCCCGGAUGCUCCUGGGGACACGUCAGACUUGCAUUCUCCAAAUGCAGGGACUCUCCCGGUCAGCACUCUGAAAAUCCUCAAGGUUUGCUGCCAGGGCGACACGUAUUCGCUUCGAGAUAAGAAGAGAAGAGAAUCCGGCAGAUCGGGGCAAGAGGUUGGAGAGAAUGAGGCUGAAGGGAUGGGCGCUGGACGCGAAAGCUCUGGCGGGGAGCCAACUUGUUCGGAGAAGAAGCGCGAGCGACAGAGGAUGGUGCGAGAGGAGGUGGCGGAGGAAACCCGCCGCAUGAAGAGGAUGAAAGGACAUUCGGAGCCGGUGAUGGGCGGGGACGGAGGUGACGUCGGAGAACGUGCCUCGGGAAAGAGGGCGCCUGGGAUGCGUGGUGGACAAAAACAUGGAGUCGAAAAGAGGUUGUCGAAGGAAGAGGGUGCGAUGGCAAGUAAGAAAUCGAGGAGGCCCGAUGGUUUGACCAUCUGCGAAGGACAAGCUAUGGGUGGAGGAGAUUCGGCUCAUCCAGGCACUGCCACCGCGAGAGAACCUUCGGAGAAAUCCAAAAGGAAACCGGCAGGCGAAGAAGGCGAUGGCUAGAAGAAACGUCGGAGGAGGAAGACUGCUGAGGCGGCGAGCAGUGACGAACGGGUUGUCGGUAGGCAGUUCAACAAAGCGGCAGCGUUCUG